AUGCUGCCUCCUCGGACGGCGUUCAAUCGAUCACCGGGCCACCUACGACCGGUGCUCGCCUCGCGCGCACCGGCUCCCAAGCUGCGACUUCAACCUUUCACGCACCGCAGCCGGCUGCUGCUGUCCCGUGGCCCAGGUCGCCCUCAAUUACCUUUCCUAUCGCCUCUCACUCCGACUCGAUCUCUUCCGCCGCUUUCAAUACACCUGCGCCAGCACUUUGGUCGGCUGAUUUCGACGGAAAGCCGAGCGCAUCUGAAGAAGCGGCUCUCGCGCGGUCUCAAGCUUGGCCUGUCGUUCUCCGCCAUCCUAAUUCUGAUCCAAAUCAUCCAGGUCGGAUUGUAUCAAGAAGACAUUGAGCAUGAGUGGCCAACGCCGUCAGAAUGGACACUCAAGAGCCGCUGGUGUCUGCGUUCUGCUCAGGCAAUGAUGCAUCCGGAACACAUUGGCAAGCUGAUGACCAAUUGGCCCAUGGUCGCUGGGUAUCUGCACGAGUUGUUGGAGCGAUUGGAAAACACCGAGGGCGAGGGACAGGGCAUUGUUGAGCAAGAUGAGGGUGGAAUUCUCGUCGAGGGUAUUGGAAAGAUGGGCCAUGAUGUGUCUGCGAAGAGUGAACAUUGGCGUCGGGGAUACUUCCAGGCGCUGAUGGGGGCGGCCAAGGCUGCGGAGAAUCUGGAUGGGUGGUUGACGGAUCGCAAGCAGAAGAUCUCUGCACCUGCAGAGUAUGUUGUUGGACCCUCAAAUCCACGACCAAAGCCCAUGCCCGCGGGGCAGAAGUUGGUCCCUCGUGAGGAAGAUUGCGAAGCGGCUUCGCCACCCCCAGAGACCUUUUACAUGAAGGUUUUAACGACCAAGGGCUUUGACACGCGGCAGAAGCUGGAUGCGGCUCUAGCAUAUGCAGACUGGCUCGAUUUCAAGGGCUUGACCCGCACAUCCGACGAUAUGUAUACAUGGGCGCUGGACAUUGCGGCGAACGGCCUUGACGGUGACGCGAGUCAAGUAGUCGAUCUGAAGACGGGCAUACUCAAGAACAAUGGAUCCGAUCGGCCCUCAGAAAAUAUCCUACGUGUCUCAACUGCGAUGGCCGUUCACCACGCUCGUCAGGGCGAUCUGGCCACCGCACUUUCACUCUUCACAUCCGUACUCAAAGCGCGACGCACACUCCCCGCCGGUUCAGAAGCCGCCUUUUCCUAUCGACCUGCACCAAGACCGUCAAACGACCCUUUCGCCGGCAUCGUCACCACUCUGAAGAAGAUCUUCAAUAAAGCCGAAUACCCUCCUGCCCUGCCAUCCGGUGACGCCCCGUCUCUUCGAACCCCCGCCACUCUCUGCGACGAAGCCGGCCUGAUGACCUACAUUGGCGAGAUACUCUAUGCAUCCUCUUCCAAGGACCAAGGACUUGCAUGGACCCGUGACGCAGUUGAAACCGCCGAAUCAACAAUGCUCCAACUCACCAGUCUAGAAGACAAGCCCGUUCGCACACGCUGCGCACAAUGCCUCAAGGUCGGACUCGAGAACUGGAAGACCAUGGUGGCGACGCGUGUUGCACAGGCAAAGAAUGAACUCGCCGAGGCUAACGGAGCGGGCAACGGCACUGGCUCGUCAUCCGCGUCGUCGUCGUCGUCGUCGUCUUCUUCUUCUUCCUCCUCCUCUCGCUUCUCGUGGUUUGGCGGAAACACAUCACGCACAAAUAACACGUCCAUGCUCGAAGAGGUAAAAAGAUGGGAAGCCGAAGAGGCAAUCUUGGAGGAUCGAAUUCGCCGCCUUUUCCCCACGCUCGUCGGCGAGUCCGGGCUCGAUACCUUGUCGCCCAACAGUUCGUUGUUCGUCUGA